GCGCAUGAUCAAGCGCACCCGCAGCAACAUGGACUGCCAGAUGAAGGUGUUGGAUGGUUUCAUUUCGGACGUCAACCACCUCAAAGGAAAUGCAAGGAACUUCGAAGGCGACUCCACGCCGGCGUUACCCCCCAGUUUCGAGGCCCAACGCCCGGCCCUAAAGGCCAGCUCGUCCUCUGCUUCGCUGACGGCAGGACCUGAGAGCCGGAUCGUUCCCAAGAGGAGUACGGCCCUUCCCGCACUGGGCCAUUCUGCGUCAGCGCCCUCCAUUGGCACAGCCGGAUUGCUUUCGCUGCGGAACAUGGCUCCUUUGACGAUGCCGCAAAGGCGCGCCCCUCCGGGUGCAGGACCGCUCAACAAA